AUGGUUGCUGAUAAAAGGUAUAAGGAGUUAGAGGCAGAAUAUGAUAUGUGCUUCAGGUUGCCUAUUCUGAAAAUGCAUGUGAAAAUGCUAUAUGAAGCAAGAAGAGUUUACAUUAAGCUGAUAUUUGAAGAUUUUCAGGAUCAAUUUGAAUCAUCCCUUGAAGCUUCUAUAACAAAUUGUGUUGAUAUUGAUGGUGGAAAGAUAUAUACAGUUAUUAGAGAUGGUUACUCUAGAGAACGCCAAGUGAAGAGAGAUAGUGAUGAUAUAGUCUCUUGUAGUUGCAGAUUGUUUGAGAUGAAAGGGGUUGUAUGUAGGCACAUUAUCAAGGUCCUUAGAGAAGUGAUGCAAAUCAAAGAAAUUCCUGAGCAUUAUAUCUUAAAAAGAUGGACAAAAAAAGCUAGAGCUGAAAGUGUUCAAGACAUGCAUGGGCGUGAAAUUCAACCAGACCCUAAGUUGCAACAAGCCUCUUGGUACAGAUCCUUAUGUUCCACCUACAUUAGGAUAUCAAACAGGGCUUCUGAAAAUGAAAAGGCAUACAAAUUAGCAAUGAUACAUGCAGAGAAAUUAGCAAAAGAAAUUGAAGACUUGCUACGGUCUGAAAUGAAUGCUAAUGGGGAUGAGAAUGAACAUACAACUCAAUCUACUCCUAUUGAACAACUCAAUGGUAAUGUGGUGAAUGCAAAGGGACUGAAGAAAAAGGAAUCUUCUAGAGGAAGAAAACGGCGAAUCAAGAGUCAAUUGGAGAUAAACAUGGAAAAAAAUAAAAGACAGAAACAAUCUAGUAAAAAAGCUAUUGAGGUAACUCCUGAUGCAAUGAAUAAUGUAUACAAGGUGACUAUUGAUCCACUAUGUGAUGAAGAGAAUAUUGCUGCUGAUCUAACAUGUAAUGCAGACCAAUUUCUGGAACAAGAUAUAUCUGCAUCUUCACUUAGAUUUCUUGCUUGUAGUCAGGUUCUGCAUCAUUCUGUUUUGUUUUUGUAA